CAAAAUAGGCCGUACUUUUAGUGGGGUGUAUAAAAAUCCCUAACCUCCCACUUAAGACAUAUUUCUCCUCCAGACAUCUCUUUCAAAUUCCUUCUACAGAAGUAGGGUGAGGGCAUAGUGUGUGCCAAAAUGAAGGUUUUUGCCCUAAUGGUCCUGCUGAUUAGCAUCUGCUGUUUAGAAGGCGCUUUAGUGAAGCGACAAGCUGAAGAACCAGCGGAGGGUGAAGUCUCAGCCCUGUUCACCACUCAGGUUUCUGACUUUAUCAAAAGGCUGCAACAACAGGCCGAAGAUUUCGCUUCUUCGAUCAAGAAUUCAUUUGGGCAGGAAAGGAUAGAAGAAAUAAGGAGCCAGGCAGAGACGAUUCUCCAGCAGGUGCAAAACAGCUUCACGCCCCUCACUGAGGAAAUGAGACAGAAUUUGGCCCGAUUGUUCCCCAUCCCGCCCCAAUCCAAGCCACCUGCCCAAGAGGGAGUGUGAAGUCGGCUCUGUUGAAACGGAGUUCUCUGUUCCCGUCCGCUAAGGAUGAAUAUUUAGAGAAGGACCGGCACUUUUUCCCGAACCAAAGCUGUUGAGAUCUUAAGACUGGUCACAAUAAAGAUAAACCAGUUCUUGUUU